CCUAUAAAAACCACACCAGCUUUUGUUAACCCCCAAACUGAGAAAAUAGAGGAAAAAAGAAAGAAUUACUCUCUGCAACUCCAUUAAUGGCGACCAUAAGCUAUCUUUUUCUCAAAACUCCAACCCCAACUCAACCUUUCCCUAAAACUCACAAAACCCAUUUCUCUACACCUCUCAAUCUUCCUCUCUCAUCCCGCAAACUCGGGCCUGGACAACAAGUCCGGGCCCGAAUUCGCUGCGAGUUGAUAGAACCCGAUGGCGGCAAACUUGUGAAUCUCGUCGUCGAGGAAUCACAAAAAGCCCAAAUAGCUAAACGGGCUUUAUCGUUGGCCCAAAUCAAGCUCUCAAAAAUUGAUAUUCAGUGGGUUCAUGUGUUAAGUGAAGGUUGGGCCAGCCCAUUAAAAGGAUUUAUGAGAGAAUCCGAGUUCCUCCAAACUCUUCAUUUUAAUUCGACCCGACUUGAAAACGGGUCGGUUGUUAACAUGUCGGUUCCAAUUGUACUUGCAAUUGAUGAUUUUCAAAAGGAUCAAAUUGGUGGGUCCAGUAGUGUGGCCCUUGUUGAUGACAAAAAUAACACCAUUGCCAUUUUAAAUGAUAUCGAAAUCUACAAGCAUAACAAAGAAGAACGGAUAGCAAGAACUUGGGGCACCACUGCCCGGGGACUUCCUUAUGCGGAGGAAACUAUAACAAAUGCUGGAAACUGGCUAAUUGGUGGCGAUUUGGAAGUUAUAGAACCGAUCAAGUACAAUGAUGGUCUUGACAGGUUCCGGCUUUCACCUGCUGAACUUCGUGACGAAUUUACAAGGCGUAAUGCAGAUGCAGUUUUCGCUUUUCAACUGAGAAAUCCUGUGCAUAAUGGCCAUGCGUUAUUAAUGACUGACACACGUCGACGACUUCUUGAAAUAGGGUAUAAAAAUCCAAUCCUUUUGCUUCAUCCUCUUGGAGGUUUCACAAAGGCAGAUGAUGUUCCUCUUCAUUGGCGAAUGAAGCAACAUGAGAAGGUACUCGAAGACGGGGUGCUUGAUCCAGAGACAACUGUGGUUUCUAUAUUCCCAUCUCCCAUGCACUAUGCUGGUCCAACCGAGGUGCAAUGGCACGCAAAGGCUCGGAUCAAUGCAGGUGCUAACUUUUAUAUUGUCGGACGAGAUCCAGCAGGUAUGGGUCAUCCACUGGAGAAGAGAGAUUUGUAUGACGCCGAUCAUGGCAAGAAGGUACUCAGUAUGGCCCCGGGACUAGAACGGCUAAAUAUCUUGCCUUUCAGGGUGGCUGCGUAUGACAAGACUCAGAAUAAAAUGGCUUUCUUUGAUCCCUCUAGGCCUCAAGAUUUUCUCUUCAUUUCAGGCACUAAGAUGCGAGCGCUUGCAAAGAACAAGGAGAGUCCUCCAGAUGGAUUUAUGUGCCCAGGUGGUUGGAAGGUUUUGGUGGAAUACUAUGAUAGUUUGGCUUCAGCUGAAAAUGGCAGAAUUCCUGAAGCAGUGCCUGUUUGAAUGUUUAAUGUUAGAAAGUGAAUUACUCUCUUUAUGUGGUGUCUGAACAUAUGUUCAACAUUACUCUUCAAAUUACCAAUAAUUAAUAGUGCGACAAGUUAUAGGUUAUAGGUUGAUGAAAAAUUGUUUCCAUCUUGUAAAUUAUAGUGCUAAAUUUAUGCACACAUCUGUGUGCACCUAUAUUAUAGUUUCUGCUUUCAUUGAAAAUGAGUUUCAAGUUUUCUAGUGGAAUUGGAUAUGUAGUAUAGAAGUUGGAGGGUUGCUUUUCAUUCUUUUGAAAGGGUAAAGCAAACUUAAGCCCAUUUAUUUUCAUUUAAUGGAGGUUUGAUUAUGAAUCA